AUCAAAAUAGUAAGGAAAGAAAUAGAAAAAAAAUUGAAUAAAUGCAAAUACAACAUAUGCAAAAGCUGUGAAUAACACGAAAUAAAGAAAGAAAGAAGAAAAAAACACAAACAGAAGCUGUAAAUAUCAAAACUAGAAAAGAAGUUGAGAAGAGCAACAACAAGCAACGAAAAAGGAAACAACACGCACAGGCAAAAGCCCAAAUACGUGUUAAUUAAUUGGCUUUGAGGACGCUUUGAAGAGCAAGAGCAUUUCCAUAUUUAUAAAGAGCCAAGCCGGGCGCACUGUGAACUGCAAAUUUGGAAACUCAGCUUUUCUCCACUUGCUGAUGAUGCGCUUUGGCAGCGCUUGAGAAUCGUCAACGUCAUUAAGGAAGCUGAUUGCGAUUGCGAUUGUGAUAGCGAUAACGAUAACGAUAAAGAUACCACCGCAAUACUAGCCACAGCCGACAGCAGCAAGAUGUAUCCAGGCAGCGCCAGCAGCACCACCACCGCCGCCGCCGCCGCAGCCGCGUCCAAGUUUCAGAAUCGCUGCGCCUCGCCACAAUUUGCCAGCUUUGCUCCACCACCGCCGGCAGAUUAUCCGCCGCCAACAUUGCAACAGCAGCAGCAGCUGCAGCAGCAGCCACAUCAGCAACAGUUGCAGGCACAGACCACUGCGGUGGCGGUGCACAGCGUACCCGGACAUGGCUCCAUGCGGCACAUUCAGCGCAAUCAGCUUACUAUGAGUGGACACGGACAUGGCCAUGGCAUGGGGCACGGCCAUGGACACGGACACGGCCACGGACACGGCCAUAGCCUCGGCAUGGGAAUGGGCGGCAUUGGACAUGGCGCCGCCACGAUGGGCCAUCAUCACGGACAUCGCGGCGAUCUAAUCUUUCCGGACGACAUGGACAGCAUUGAGUUCUGCAUGCCGGCACCGCCAUCGUCCUCCUCGUCGUCCUCACAGCAAAACGGGGAACUGAUGCUGCUCCAAGGCGGCCACGGCGAGCCCUUUACGGAGCGACGACGACGCGGCCACAGUCGCCGCAGCAACCACAAAAUGGAUGUGGAGCAGCAGGUAAAAUGGUCACGCAAGAACAUCGCUGCUACCAUGGAGCGCUUUGAGCCCACCGCCAAUACUCAAUCUUCGUCGAGCACUUCGUCGCUGGACUAUGGCUUCGCCGCGGGCGUUAUGACGCCCAGCAGCAGCAGUGCCACGCCCUCGCACGGGGCUGGUUCAGCAGCUGGGCUGUCCUCGACGCCCUCGCUGCAUGUGGCCUACAAUGGAGCCGGUGCAGGUGCUGGUGCUGGUGCUGGUGCCGUUGCUGGUGUGGGCAUGGCCGCGAGUGGAGCAGCUGCAGCUGCUGCCGCUGCACCAUUCAAUCAUGUCUACUCCUACGCAUACUACGAGCCCGGCGCGGCCAAGUGUCAUACGAAUGUGCCCGCUCAGGGUCAGGGCAACGGCCAGCAUGGACCGUCGAAGAGUCCGCCGCGUAACUCGAUACGCGCGCUGCUGGCCAAGAGCUUCCGCUCAAAGUCGUCGUCGCACAGCGGCCAGUCGACAUCGUCCUCGCCAAGCGCCGAGGAGCGGGACAGGCACACGUAUACCACACGCUAUGGCACCACCGAAAAUCUGUACGAGGAGGUGAGCGACCAGAAGAUACGCAAGGUGCUAUCCGACAACCGCAUCGCCACGUCCAGUGCAGGCAACGUCAAGGAGGAGCUGCGUCGCGUCCAGCACAAUCAUUUCCGUGUGCUCGACGAGCUCAAUCUGUCCCUGGAGGCGCUCAUAAUGCCGCCCACGCCACCGGACAUCAGUCCCAGCCAUGGCGGACCGGCCAGUGCCAGUUCCAAUGAUGUUGCCAGCGGCAGCGGCAGCGGCAGUGCCAAUGCCAGCGGUGCCGCCGGCAACAUAUCCUCCGCCCAAGCCAAGAACGUGCUGACUACAAGCCAGCGACCGCGUCGCGGUGGCUUGCUCGGAGGUGCCGCCGCCAGUGCUGCGUCAAACUCGAGCUCAGCCUCGCAUGCCAGCCUCGAGAAUCUGUCGAGCACCUUGAACAGCAUGGAGCUGAAGGAUCAUGCCCACAGCAGCUGCAUCAAUCCGGAGUUCGAUGAGGGUGACCUGGACAGCGGCUUCAGCGGCAGCGGCAGCAGCAGCGGUGCCAGCUACAAUGAGAGCUUGCGCUAUUAUAAGACGGCAACGCCUACUAGCCAUAGUCAUAGCCACAGUCACAGCCACAGCCACAGCCAUGGGCACUCCGCACACAAUCCCAAUCUGAUGGCCCACAACAACAACAAUAACAGCAACAGCAACAACAACAAUAACCAUAUACACACCAGCACGUUGCCGCACAAUCUGCGCAGCUGUCGCUCCUCGACAGCCUCCGGCACAUCGACAUCCAAGAGCAGCAUGGCCAGCUGUGGCGAGGAUCAGGGCAUCGCCGGCAUGGGCAUGCCAAUGGGCAUGGGCAUGGGCAUGGGCAUGGCCGUGGGCAUGAACUCUGGCAUGAGCGUGGGCAUGAACACCACAACCAUGGGCAUGGGUGGCAUGGGCGGUAUGGGCAUAUCGGAGACGGCUGGCGGCAGCUCAAUGUCGCCCUUCAAUUAUCCACGCCGCUGCUCGGCGGAUCAGCAGCGUGCCUCCGGGCGUUCGAUUGCCUCGGCAACUGGUUCCGCAACGGGCCCCUCCAUCACAAUGGCCACCGGCGCGAAACCCAAAAAGAACUUCUGGACCAUGAAACCGUGAUGCUACAAAAAGGCCCUGCGUCACAUAUGCAAGAAAUGGAGCAUUGUUAUGGAAUACAAUACAAAGACUGCCUCAUGCCAUGCCAUCCACUACUACCAACCACAUUCGCAUACGCAUUUGCAUGCGCAUCAGCGCUACCAACAGCCGCAGCCGAAGCACAACAGCAACAACAUUUACAGCAACUACAACAACUGCAACUGCAACAGCAGCAGCAACAACAGCAGCAAGAACAGCAGCAGCAGCAGCAGCAACAUUUCUAGCCACAAACAGCAGAAGCAGAAGCAGAAGCAGCAACAGCAGCAGCAGCAGCAGCAGCAACAGCAAAAACAAAAGCAACGCUACGGUCACACUGGCCGCAGCCGUCACUACAAAUACGAUGCCGUCGAGGAGUGCUGCCGUCCGAUCUUCCACGAGCAAUACGGCUCCUUUGCGGACAUGUUGUGAGUGGGCAUCAAGAAUUGGGUGACAUCAAAGCGAAACGCAAGGUACCUACAACAGACUAACUACAAAGUGUUAUACUAUAAAGAGGAAACGGAACUAAACUCGGACUUGGAUUCGGAUUCGGAUUCGGACUUUGACUCGGAUUCGGAACCAGACACAGAGAUAGAGACGGAGACGGAGACAGAGACAGAGACGGAGACGUUAACGGAUUGUAAAGCUGAAAACGUUGCAUAACUGUUUUUGCUGGAUAUUUUAGGUAGUUUCUUCUUCUAGGCAUGAAUGCAUUCACACACUCACACUCACACACACAGGCAAAAUACCUAAAAAGGCAAAACACAUACACAAAUGUAGUGAAUUUUAUAGAUAACGAGUGCGAUUAUCUAAAGACAUAAAAAAAAUAUUUAACGAAUAGCGAUAAAUGAUAAACGAUAAACAAUUUGAGUGUUAAAUACAAUUAUUUAUCUAUGUGUAGUAAAACGACAUGCAUACACACAUACAUAUAUAUACACUUACAUACAUAUAAAUAUAUAUAUACCUAUAUUGAUGUAUUUGAGUAAUCUUUGAGAGCACAGAAUUGAAUGUUGAAUAUAUAUAUUUAAAAUAUAUGUAUUAACCAUGGAUAUCUGGCAAAACUGGCGCACGCUAUUAAUGUUAGGCAUAUGUGUCUAUAUAUAUACAUACAUACAUACAUAAUACAUAGAGUUUACACACACAUAUUUAUUCAUGUACAUAAACAAUUGAUAUCCAUUCUAUAAACUAACUAUGUGAAAUGCAGUUUUUUUUUUGGGGGUUAAGAUUAGCAUUGAGAAUUGUUGUUGUUU